AUGGAACAAAGACGUCUUUCUGAUAGUGCAUCAUUUCGAUUAUCAAAUCAUAAUUUAUAUUAUCCUGGUGAAUUUAAUACUAAUGAAUCAUAUAUGUUAAAACAAAAAAAUUCAUCAUUAAAUAUGCUUUUGGAUUCAACAAGUUCAAUGAUGCGUACAGCUUCAACAACAUUUCAUUGUCUUAUUGGAUCAGCACGUCGAGCAUCAUAUUGUGGUCAACCUGAUCCAACAAUUCAAUUAUCACCACGUGGUAAUAGUGGUUCACUUUAUUUACUUCCUACAACAGCUAAUUCAAAUGAAUCAUCAUUAUCAAAUGCAUCAUAUGAAGAACAACGACGUACAGUAACUAUAUAUGAUGGUAGAAUUCCAACUCCAUCAACACCACCAACAAUUCCAUUUGAACUUAUGACACCUAUUGAUCUUAUAACUCAAACAAUAGAAGAUCCAGUUGAAUCAUUUGUUCAAAUUGUACUUGAAGAACCUGAUGAUCGACCACCAAUAAUACCACCUGUAUCAUCACCAUCAUUAUCAUCACUUAGAAAUUCAUCAUCUCGUCAUCGACAUCGUAGUAAUUCACCAAAAUCAUUAUCAUCAAUAAAUGGACGUUUAUCAACAUCAGAAAAUAAAUUAACUGAUACAAAAAUAUCAUCAACUACAGAAAUAUCUAAUACAAUAGAAACUUAUUAUCAACCACCUGAUGUUGUUGAACCAAUGGAUUUUUCAUUUCUUGAACCAGUACUUCGAGGUGAAAGUGCUGCACCACCAUUAACACGUACUCAAAAAUUACGACAAAUUUCAUCACAAAAUAGUUCAAUAAGUGAAGAUUCAGCUAUUGAUCUUCGUUCUCCAUCACGUACAAUAACUAUUGUUACUGAUGAUUUAAAAUCACCAGAAUUAUUUAUUAAUGUUAAUUAUGAUAAUAAUUUAAUAACUAAUUCAACUAUAUCAUCUUCUCGUUUAAAAGUACCAUCUCCCGAUUGA